UCCUUUUGUGGGCGGGACGUUCCUUCGUUUUUAAUCGUCAUCAACCCAUGGACUUGUUUAUUGUCGAGCAAGAUGGAGUUCCUUCUGGGAAAUCCUUACAGUACCCCAGUGGGGCAUUGCAUUGAGAGAGCCACCGAUGGCUCUCUGCAAAAUGAAGACUGGACUCUCAACAUGGAAAUAUGUGAUCUGAUCAAUGAAACCGAGGAUGGGCCGAAGGACGCCAUGAGAGCAGUGAAGAAGAGGCUGAAUGGCAACAGGAACUAUAGAGAAGUGAUGCUGACGUUAACGGUCCUGGAGACGGGUGUGAAAAACUGCGGCCAUCGCUUCCACGCUUUGGUCACUAGCCGGGACUUUGUGGAUGGCGUGCUCGUCAAAAUCAUCUCCCCUAAAAACAACCCGCCUACAAUAGUUCAAGACAAAGUACUUGCACUUAUUCAGGCGUGGGCUGAUGCGUUCAGGAGCAGUCCAGACCUCACGGGUGUGGUCCAAGUCUACGAAGAGCUGAAGCGGAAAGGCAUCGAGUUCCCCAUGUCGGACCUAGAGACCCUGUCUCCUAUACACACGCCCCAGCGGUUGGCUUCUGCUCCGGAGGGCGACUCCACCCUACAUAAGUUCAGCAGCCCACCUCAGCCCACACCACAGGUGGUCCCACCAGCCUACAUCGCCCCUCAGGUUCCUGUCGUUCCGGCCUCUGGAUCCAUCAAUCCUACAGCUGAGCAGAUCAGCCGGCUGCGCAGCGAGCUGGACGUCGUCCGUGGAAACACGAAGGUGAUGUCAGAGAUGCUGACUGAGAUGGUCCCAGGACAGGAGGACGCUUCGGACUAUGAGCUGCUACAGGAGCUGCACAGGACGUGUAGAUCCAUGCAGCAGAGGAUCGUGGAGCUCAUCUCUUGUGUGUCCAACGAGACGGUGACCGAGGAGCUGCUGCACGUCAACGACGACCUCAACAACAUCUUCCUGCGCUACGAAAGGUAUGAGCGCUUCAGGUGUGGCAGGUCCUCCGCUCAGCCCGUCAACAAUGGGGUCUUGAGUGAGGCUACCGAGGACAACCUCAUCGACCUCGGCCCAGGCUCCCCAGCAGUGGUCAGCAACAUGGAGAACGCCCCCCCAAGCAGCCUGCCCCCCAACGUCACCGCACACGCAGCCAGGCCCUCCUCCCCGGCCACCUUGGCCUCCCGCCUGGCCGGCCUCGACGUUGGCGCUGACAGCGUCAGCAGCACCUUGACCUUUCUGUCCAGCGCUAAGCCCCCCCCCCCCGCCGGCCAGGACGACUUCGACGUGUUCGCUCAGACGAGGACGGGAGCGCUGCCUGAGACGCGCAAGACCGCCACAGCAGCAGCAGCAGAGGAAGAAGAGAGCAACCCCUGUGAGGGCCUUCCCCCCACCCUGGAUGUCCAUCAGCCUGCAGCAGGAGCGGGCGCCGGGGGCCAGGCCUCUGUCAUGGAUGACAUAGAGCAGUGGCUCUGUACUGAUGUGCAAGGAGACGAAGUUGAAGAAGGCGUGACGAGUGAAGAGUUCGACAAGUUCCUGGAGGAGCGGGCCAAAGCCGUGGAGAAGGUGCCCAGCCUACCGUCGCCCCCCGGGGGCGAGCCGGGGCCCCCGCAUGGAACCCCUAGCCGCAAGAAGCCAGACAGGCCGGAGGACGCUUUGUUUGCCAUGUAGAAUUCGACCUUUGACCUCUGACCCGAAGCAGCUUCACCCAACGGCACUAAAAUACAUCGACCACCUCUUUCAUCACAAACAUCACACUACACAUCUGUAAAAGGGAAGACCAAAUCACCCCCCCCCCAAAUGGAGAC